CCGCCAGAAAGGGCUUUUCGAAAGGAAGCGCAAAAGUGAAACCCCCAGAAGCCAAAACCCUCUUUCCAUUUUUUUUUUGCAUAUUUCGGGAAUUUAGUAAAUCAAAAGACCGAUGGCCGAAGAAGAAGUUACGACCGCGGAAUCAGAGGUGACGGUGGCUGUGACGGAGCAAACUCCAGGGAAGGAAACAGAUGGAACCCUAGAAACGCAAGGUUCAAUCGAAGCCACUGUGGAAUCGGCGGUUCAAGGUGGCACCGAGUCUACAUGCAACAAUAACAACAAUGCCAACGGUUCUGAACCGGCUUCCGAUGUUGAUCGAGAGAAGACGCUGGAGUUCGCAGACGAGUUAACGGAGAGCGGAUCUAAAGCUUUUAAAGAAAAUGAUUUCGCCGAAGCUGCUGAUUGCUUUAGCCGCGCCCUUGAAAUCAGGGUUGGACAUCACGGUGAACUUGCAGUCGAAUGUCUCAAGGCCUACUAUCUCUACGGCCGUGCAUUGCUGUACAAAGCUCAAGAGGAGGCUGAUCCUUUGGUUUCUGUACCGAAGAAAGAGGGCGAAACUCAACAAGAAUUGAACAAAGACAAGUCGAGUAAAACCAUUGCAACUUGUGAAUCUUCGGUUGCUUCUGUAUCAAGUACUACAGUUGCAGAUGGCAGUGGAAAAGAUGAGGAGGAAAGUGAUGAUAGCGACAGUGACACUGAUGAAGUGGCCGAAGCAGAUGAGGAUGCGGAUGAGUCCGACCUGGAUUUGGCAUGGAAAAUGCUGGAUGUUGCCAGGGCGAUUUCUGAAAAACAACAGGUGGGUGACACCAUGGAGAAAGUUGAUAUUUUAUCAUCAUUAGCUGAGGUUGCACUCGAAAGAGAGGAUAUUGAAUCUUCGCUUGGCGACUACCAGAAAGCUCUAUCCAUUUUGCAACGGCUGGUUGAACCAGAUAAUCGACAAAUAGCUGAAUUAAAUUUUCGAAUAUGUAUGUGUUUGGAAAUCGGCUCAAAGCCCGAAGAAGCAAUUCCGUACUGUCAGAAGGCCAUCUCCGUUUGCAAGUCUCGGCUGCAGCGACUCACAAAUGAAGUAAAGACUUCCUCAGACCUGGCAUCAUCUUCAGCUACAUCUGAAUUGGAUGAUGGUGUUCAACAGUCCUCCACUGGCUCUCAAACUGUCAUAUCUGUCAAAGAUAAAGAAGCAGAGAUCGAAACACUUGCCGGACUUGCUGAAGACCUUGAAAAGAAGCUUGAAGAUCUACAACAGCUGGUAGCCAACCCAAAGUCCAUUAUUGCCGAAAUCCUGGGAAUGGCAUCUGCCAAGGCAAAGGCUGAUGAGAAGAGUGCAUCUCCUGCUGUGGGGAGUUCAUCGCGGAUGGGUACUGUUAACAGUAAUGGAGGUUUUGAUUCUCCAACUGUUUCCACUGCUCAUACAAAUGGGGCUGCAGCAGUCACGCAUCUUGGUGUCGUAGGACGAGGUGUGAAGCGUGUUUUGAUGAGUCCAGUAGAAUCGGGACCAGCAAAGAAACCAGUCACCGAGGCAUCGUCGGACAAAGGAGAUGGAAGCAGUGCCCCUUGACGGUUUUUGGUUUUGGAUUCUGAUAAUGCAUGCUUAGUAAUUGCUAGUGAAAAUUAGCCAUUGAGGAUAUUAUGCUCUUUGAACCCAUACCAUACUAAUGCUUGAUGUUAAUGGAUUGUUGUAAAAUUCAGAUGAGGACUUUGUGAUGCAAUGAACUUAUUUGCAAUUUUCUUUUGUUGCUA